UACACACAAGCACAACUGCUUGUGGACUUAUCGUCAAGGAAAACUAAGUUCUUCAGUCUUGACUUGAGUGCUUUGAGUUCAUGGAUCCAAUCCAACACAAGUUCGUCAACGUUGGUGCUCUCAAGCUCCACGUCGCAGAAACCGGAACCGGUCCAAACGCCGUCGUAUUCCUGCACGGCUUCCCGGAGAUAUGGUACUCGUGGCGGCACCAGAUGAUAGCUCUCGCCGGUGCCGGAUUCAGAGCGGUUUCCUUCGAUUACAGAGGUUACGGUCUCUCCGACCCGCCACCCGAACCCGAUAAGACCUCUUGGUCCGAUCUUCUCAGUGAUCUCCUUCAUAUUCUUGAUGCUCUUGCUCUUUCUAAGGUGUUUCUUGUUGGGAAAGACUUUGGAGCUCGUCCUGCAUAUCUAUUUUCAAUUCUUCACCCUGAAAGGGUCUUGGGAGUUGUCACGUUGGGAGUUCCAUAUGUUCCCCCAGGCCCCUCUCAGUAUCACAAAUUCCUUCCUGAAGGCUUCUACAUUUUGAGAUGGCAGGAACCUGGAAGGGCAGAAGCUGAUUUUGGACGCUUUGAUGCAAAGACUGUUGUGCGAAAUAUUUACAUCCUCUUCUCAAGAAGUGAAAUACCAAUAGCUAAUGAAAACCAGGAGAUCAUGGAUUUGGUGGAACCUGAUACUCCGCUUCCCACUUGGUUCACAGAGGAAGAUCUUGCAACAUACGGAGCCUUGUAUGAGAAAUCUGGAUUCCAAACUGCAUUGCAGAUUCCAUAUAGGUCAUUAGGUGAAGUGCUUAGCUUGCCAGAUCCUGUGGUUAAAGUUCCGGCAUUUCUGAUAAUGGGUGGCAAGGAUUAUGUUCUGAAGUUUCCAGGGAUUGAAGAUUUAACAAAGGGUGAAAAAGCAAAAUGGUUUGUUCCAAACUUGGAGGUUACAUUUAUCCCGGAGGGAACCCAUUUUGUUCAAGAACAGUUUCCCGAGAAGGUGAAUCAGCUUAUUCUUGACUUCCUUGCCAAGCACACUUGAUAUUGGACUGUCGUCAUGAAUGGUGUAUGUGGAUUGUGAACUGUGGGAAAAUCAGACAAAGUGCAGCACAAAAUGAUCGAUUGCUGAAGCUAAAUGAUGCAAAGCUUGCUGGUAGAGCUUUGUUAGAUGAAUUUCUUGUACAAAGAAUUCGUGAAAUAUGCGACUGAGUUGUCUAGCUAAUAAAUAAAUAACCGGUUUCUUAGUUAACAAAUAAAGGGAAAAGAACUUAUAAGCACCCUAAA